GGUCAAAUCCAAUUGUGGCAGUUCCUGUUGGAGUUACUGAAUGACAAUCAGAACAGUUCUUGCAUUAGUUGGGAAGGAACCAAUGGUGAAUUUCAAUUGCGUGAUCCUGAUGAAGUAGCAAGACGUUGGGGUGAACGUAAAAGCAAGCCCAACAUGAACUACGAUAAAUUAAGUCGUGCGCUUCGUUAUUAUUACGAGAAGAAUAUUAUGACGAAAAUCCAUGGCAAGCGAUACGCAUACAAAUUCGACUUUAAUAGCUUGGUACAACUUAGUCAA